AUGCUCCGACAAUGUCUGCGCCAUACGCCCCGCGCUGCCCUCUCAUUCACAUGCCCACAAUGCCGGCACCAUAACAUCCUCCGACUCUCCGCACUCAACCAGUCGCUUCCACUUCAAUUGCCCUCCUACACCCCAAUCCGCAGCCUCCAAACGGCACCCACAGAUGCGCAAGACCGCAUCCCUCUCCGAAAACAACUCAAACAAGAUGCGAAAUCCGCAAAGGCCCAAAAACGACGGCGACGAGAACAGGAGGAGGCUUCGCGGGAGAAGUGGGAGUUGACCGUGGGGGUGGAGAUCCAUGCGCAACUGAACACGGAGGCAAAGUUAUUCUCAAGAGCGUCAACUUCGUCGUCUGAGGUCCCAAACUCGAAUGUUGCGCUUUUUGACUUGGCGUUUCCGGGGAGUCAGCCGGAAUUCCAAGUUGCGACGCUCCUACCCGCCCUGCGCGCUGCCAUUGCCCUGAACUGCGAGAUCCAGCCAGUUAGCCGUUUCGAUCGGAAGCACUACUUCUACCAGGAUCAGCCGGCGGGCUAUCAAAUCACACAAUACUACGAACCCUUUGCGAGGAAUGGCCACAUCGACCUAUACAAACACGACGGUAUUGCCCCGGAAGAUGGAGACCAUAUCCGUGUUGGCAUCAAGCAGAUCCAGCUUGAGCAAGACACAGCCAAGUCGCAGGAUUACCCUCCUUCCACGCAGCUGCUUGAUUUCAACCGCGUAUCCCACCCUCUCAUUGAGAUAAUCACUUUGCCCGAAAUCCACAAUCCCGCUACGGCUGCUGCCCUUGUGCGCAAGGUGCAAUCAAUCCUCCAGACGUGUAAUGCGGUGACGACUGGAAUGGAACUAGGCGGCCUCCGUGCCGAUAUCAACGUCUCGGUUAGGCAGCGAAGCGAGGAUCCGGGUGCUCAUCAGUACGGUGGUAUUAGCGGCCUCGGUCAGCGUACCGAGAUCAAGAACUUGAGCAGUUUCAAGGCAGUGGAGGACGCGAUCAUUGCGGAGAAGAACCGUCAGAUCUCAGUCCUCGAGAGCGGAGGCGUUAUAGAGGGCGAGACGCGAGGAUGGACAAUUGGGAGCACCGAAACCCGCAAGCUCCGAGGAAAGGAAGGCGAGGUCGACUAUCGAUAUAUGCCAGAUCCGGAUAUUCCGCCCCUACUGAUAGGCGAGGACCUCGUUGCGGAGGUUGCGGCUAGCCUACCAACAGUACCAGACACACUGCUCGACAUGCUAGUCGGUCCUACCUAUAAACUCCCCAUCGAAGACGCCAAACCACUCGUGGACCUAGAAGACGGCGCCCGACUCGAAUACUACCAAGACGUAGUCGACAUUCUCCGCUCGCUCCAGCAAGAUCUCCCCUCCAAAGCCCAAUCCGACCUCGGCCGCAUAGCAGGCAACUGGGUCCUCCACGAGCUCGGCGGCCUUCUAACAAAAGCCGACCUCCCUUGGGACGCAGAGCGCGUGAGCGCACAGUCCCUCGCGGCGAUUAUCGACAACCUCCAGCGCAAACAAAUCACCGGCGCUACGGCGAAGCAGGUGCUCGGCAUGCUAUUCGACGGAGACAGACGGCCUGUCGCACAGCUGCUUGAAGAGGAAAACCUUAUCUUGCGGCCCCUCUCGAGGGAAGAGUACAUUGCCCUAGCGGAGGCGGCUAUGGAGCUGAACCCAGGCAUGGUGGAGCAGAUUCGGACGAAGAACCAGCUGGGGAAGCUGGGAUGGUUUGUAGGGCAAAUGAUACGCAUGGGAGAGAAAGGGCGUGUUGAGGCGCAAAAGGCGGAGGCGAUUCUGAAGGAGCUUAUUCUAUCCUAG